AUGUGCUGUGUUGGCUUGAGUAGCAUAAACAAGCAGCAGGGAGAAGAAGGAGGCAGGAGGAGACUCUCGGGUCUGCUCCUGAUGCUUAAACAUUCAAUUCAGGGACACGAGCAUCAAUAUCAUCAGCGAGGCUGAACACACCCACAGAUCUAACGAGUGUUGUGUUGCACUCACAAACACACACACACUUACACACCAGCUACAGCGUUUGGAUUUGAUUCAGGAUGCAGUCGCUCCUCACUCUGCUGCUGGGAUUUGUGGUCCCCGUUGCUUCAGUGGAGUUGAGGCAUCCCGUGAUCAUGUUCAACUCGAAGGUGGUGUCUGGUCCCGAGGUGGUUGUCAAAUCUGGCACCCCUCUGGAUUUGAGAUGUGAGGGUGACGGACCUGUGAACUGGCAACCCAGGCUGGCCAAACACAGGCGCUACGUGUCCAAGGGGGGCGGCCGUGUCCGCACAUUGAAGGUGGAGCAUCCCUCGGCCGAAUUCACCGGGACCUACAAGUGUUAUUACACGGGCGGGCCGCAGCAUCGUAAUCUGACGUCCUCGGUUCACGUGUAUGUUAAAGAUCCCAGCCGUGUGUUCUGGACCAGCAGCAUGACCCUGAGGGUGGUGAAAAAAGAGGGUGAGGUUUUCUUGCUACCCUGCCUUCUGACUGACCCGGACGCCACAGACCUGAGUCUCCGCAUGGACAACGGCACCAUGGUCCCCCAUGGGAUGAACUUCACCGUCUACCGGCGCCGUGGUAUUCUGAUCCACAGCCUCCACCCCAGCUUCAACGCUGACUAUGUGUGCACAGCUAAGGUCAACGGUGUGGAGCGCACCUCCAGAGCCUUCUCCAUCAAUGUCAUCCAGAAGCUUCGCUUCCCUCCAUAUGUCUUCUUGGAGAUGGAUGAAUACAUCCGCAUCGCUGGGGAGGAGCUGAAGAUCCGCUGCACCACACACAAUCCCAACUUCAACUACAACGUCACCUGGAUAUACACCACCAAAUCAAAACCCACCAUAGAAGAGAGGGCACGCUCCAGUGGUGAAAACCGACUGGACAUCCAGAGCAUCUUCACCAUCCCUGCUGUGGACCUCGCAGACACGGGCAACAUUUCCUGCAUCGGCACUAACGAAGCUGGCAUGAACAGUUCUACAACAUACUUGCUGGUCGUAGACAAGCCGUACAUCCGACUUUUGCCCCAGCUGGCCCCAAAGCUGGCCCAUAGGGGUCUUGCAAUCGAGGUCAACGAGGGAGAAGAUCUAGAGCUCACGGUGGUCAUUGAGGCAUACCCACAAAUUGUUGAGCACAGCUGGAAAACGCCAACAUCUUCCAGCAUGUCCACACAGGAGAACAAGCUCAUCAGAUAUAACAACAGAUACCAUGCAACACUGCAGGUCAAGAGAAUGAACACUCAGGAGCAGGGCCAGUACACCUUCUAUGCCAGGAGCAACUUGGCCAACGCCUCCAUCACAUUCCAAGUCCAGAUGUAUCAGAGACCAGUUGCUGUGGUGCGAUGGGAAAACGUGACCACUUUGACUUGCACAUCCUUUGGCUAUCCUGCCCCGAGAAUCAUCUGGUACCAGUGUUUUGGAAUACGCCCCACGUGCAAUGAAAGCAAUACAGGGAUGCAAAUGGCCACCCCCUUGCAAGCUCAGACAGUGGAGGUCCAGAGGGAGGAGUACGGGGCCGUGGAGGUGGAGAGCGUCCUGACCGUAGGACCAUCCAGUCAGAGGAUGACGGUCGAGUGUGUGGCCUUUAACCUCGUCGGAGUUGGCAGCGACACGUUCUCCAUGGAAGUUUCUGACAAACUCUUCACUUCCACCUUGACUGGAUCCGCAGGCAUUCUAUCCAUCCUCCUCGUGCUUUUGGUGUUUCUUUUCUACAAAUAUAAGCAGAAACCCAGGUAUGAGAUCCGAUGGAAGAUCAUUGAGGCGAGAGAUGGAAACAACUACACCUUCAUUGACCCCACGCAGCUGCCAUACAAUGAUAAAUGGGAGUUCCCACGAGACAAGCUCAAGCUGGGCAAGAUUUUGGGUGCUGGAGCUUUUGGAAAAGUGGUGGAGGCCACAGCCUACGGUCUGGGGGAGGAAGAAAAUGUCAUGCGUGUGGCGGUGAAAAUGUUAAAAGCUAGCGCGCAUUCCGAUGAGAGGGAAGCACUCAUGUCAGAGCUGAAGAUCCUGAGUCACUUGGGACACCACCAGAACAUUGUCAACCUACUAGGAGCCUGCACCUUUGGAGGACCUGUGCUUGUGAUCACGGAGUACUGCAGCCUGGGUGACCUGCUCAACUUCCUCCGCCAGAAAGCGGAGACCUUUGUGAGCUCUGUUAUGAACAUUCCAGCCAUAGCGGAGAACUCAAACGACUAUAAGAACAUCUGCAAUGAGAAACAUUUCAUCAGAAGCGACAGUGGAAUCUCCAGUGCCUCGUCAAGCAGCUACUUGGAGAUGAGACCGUGUCAGCUACCGAACAACCAGCCUUUACUAGACUCUGUGUGCGAGGAGACCGGGGAGUGGCCUUUGGACAUGGACGAUUUGUUGAGGUUUUCCUAUCAAGUGGCUCAAGGCUUGGACUUUUUGGCAGCCAAAAACUGUAUUCACAGGGACGUGGCAGCCAGAAACGUCCUGUUGACCAACCACCGAAUAGCCAAGAUUUGUGACUUUGGCCUGGCGCGUGACAUCAUGAACGACUCCAACUAUGUGGUGAAGGGAAACGCGCGUCUGCCAGUGAAGUGGAUGGCUCCAGAGAGUAUCUUUGACUGUGUGUACACUGUCCAGAGUGACGUCUGGUCCUAUGGAAUCCUCCUGUGGGAGAUCUUCUCUUUGGGUAAGAGCCCUUACCCCAGCGUGGCUGUGGACUCCAGGUUCUACAAGAUGGUGAAACGUGGCUACCAGAUGUGUCAGCCAGACUUUGCGCCACCUGAGAUCUAUACCGUCAUGAAGAUGUGCUGGCAUCUGGAGCCCACGGAGCGGCCCAAUUUCAGCAAGAUCAGUCACAUGAUACAACAGCUACUUGGCGAGCAAACGGAGCAAGGACAGCUCAUUUACCAGAAUGUGCAGCAGGGGCAGGUCACGGAGGGCGAAGAGUGUGACGAGCCCAAGUGCUGCGACGACCCCUUCGACCAGUCUUGUGAUCCGGCCGAGGAAGUGGAGCAGCCUUUGAUGAAGACCAACAACUACCAGUUUUGCUGAAUCAGUUGAUGAACAAGCCUCGGGAGGAGCAAUGUGGCAUCGGGCGUUAGCUGGUGGAAGAAGCCACACCCACAGACGUCGUGACCGCAGGAAACAAGCGCGGUCAUUAUAUCCCCUCACGGACUGUUUGUCGCUCAAUCUGUGCAAAAGUUCAUCAGCUACUCUGCAGUACGGGAGGUUUUUAAAGCAAGCGCACUGUGGCUGUGCGACCGUAGACAAGCUAGGUUUUCUUCUCUGAUCACUUGAAUUGAACUGCCUGUUUUUCCCCAGCUAAAGCGUGCCAAAUGGACUGUGAAGGAGGCAGAGAAAGACAGCGUUGUCUUUGCCUUCCACACUUUGGUCAUAGCGCCGUCUCUUGUGACACCGUUACAGGAGCCGUGCCUUGGCGGAGACAUGUGAUCACCCCGCUUAAGUCAAAUCAAUUAUCAACAGGUUCAGGGCAAUGCAGGAGCAAUGGAGUCCAUGUGACCUGGCCAGGGCAACCAAUGGAUCCAUGAUAGGAUAGAGCAACUUUUUUAGCUAAACACACAAAUUGGGAGUUACUGUAUUCAGGCAAAUGUUUAAGACCUGUUUUUUUGGGGGGGGGGAGCAUUUAAAGACAAAAAUCCAUGUCAUUAUUAUUUUUGAGUGAGGUAAAAAGCUCUGACUCGCUUAGGGAGAAAUCAGCCGGUGUCACCUGUUGGUUUGCAUGUAUAAAACUCUAGACCUCGAAUAUAAGACGACCUGUCUUUUUCAACACCCAUUUUUCCACAAAAAAAGAGCAAAUGAAUCAGUGAAGUCAUAUUUCAUUUGUCAUAUUUUAUUGUUUGAUGACUCCGCUUCAUUUUUAUCUUAAAAUUGCCUUCAUAACAUUUGCUUACCUGCCCAACCUCUUUUUUCCCCCACUUUCCGUCCAAGUCGCUGGUUUGUAUAUAAUGACUUGUCUUUUUACGACUUUUAGUGGUGAAAAUACCGUCUUAUAUUCAGGCCAACAUGGUAAUUAGAUCACAUCAAUUUCAGUGGCUGUGUCAAAUAUUAUGCCCUAACCAAAGUAAAAUAGCGCAAUUAUUCAUCUGGAGACCUCAAAUAUAAGACGACUUGUCUUUUAAAAACUUCUUCUGUGGAAAAUACCGUCUUAAAUGUUCAUUUAUCCCUUUCAUUCAUCAUUUAUAUGCAUUUCGAAUGGUUUUCUGCAUGUAAAACUAUAAUUGUAAAACUCUAAAAACGUGUUUCGUGUUGACAUUUCUGGCUUCCUGAAUUGGAUUGACAUUAUUUGUUGUUUCUUGGUUCCACUGUAUUAAUCGCUAAACCCCGAAUAUAAGACGACCUUUUAGGGUAAAACUACUGUCUUACUUUCAGACCAAUGUGGUAGCUUUCUUCCCUAAAUGUACUCAAAUAAUGAAUGUAUUGACAUAUGCUGUACAUAAAUGAUAUUUUGAAAAAACAACCACAACCAACAAUAAUUUUAAAAAAUCAUUGUGUGUGUGCUUGUUUGACAAUCAUUCAAAAAGCUUUUCACUCAUGAAAAGUCUGAAAAACCCUGUAACGGACAGAAGGAAUUUUUUUUAUUUUUUUUUUUGCUUGACAACAUGAAUGUUUUUGACUCUUGUUUGUUUUUUCAAGGCACGGUGUUUUUGUAUUAGCUUGUGGAGUUCCAUAUAAUCUUGUGACUUGUGCCCACAUGUCGCCAUCAGCCUACACUGCCGCCUGGAUUUGAAGGUAACAUUUAAGCUGUGAGAGAUGGGAACUGCAAAUGCGCGCAUGUGUGAUUCCUGUUCAUGUAUAUACUGUAUCUCCUCAUGUAUAUCAAGAAUUGUCUUUAUCAUUUUAGCAUUCAGAAAAGGUUAUCCAUUGUCGUGAAUGUACAAGUUGUGAGCUCUUUGCUAAGAUGAGUUUGGAAUAAAAGCUUUAC